UGGCUUUUUAACACCAGAGAGAACAGACUAACCCAGAAGAGACAUGAAUCCUUUGCCUUCCUCCUUCCUCCUCCUCCUCCUCGCUUCCCUGAGCUGCUUCCUCGCUUCUGCUGACAGGAGAUUCGGUUGCCUGUUUGAGAGCGAGCUGUGUUCACCAUAUGAGAUCUGUGUCAACGAUGGUAUGUUUGGGAGGUGUCACUCUGUUCCAGUGAAGGAAGUUUACACCUACGACGUCUCACCGUCUGUAGUGCAACGCUUCAGGAUGCUGCUGGAGAAGCUGUCCAACAGAGGUUUGACCUGGGAAGACGACACCACUCAGCAGGUUCUGUCCAAGGAGUUAUCCAAACUGAGGAGGAUUCCCUACAGGCCGCAGCAGAACGCACCUGCCUACAACACCGACAGCAGGCCGGUAGCUGAAGCGAUGGACCCAGUGGACCAGAGAGUGAAGCCAGUGGAGGUGGAGCUCAGCAGAAACCUCCAGACGUACCUGCAGCGUCUCGGCCUCCUACCCAAGAUGUCGUCCGCUGCCAGCCUGAGCCCCCCUGGCAAGAGUGACCGUUUCCAGUCAGGCAUCCCUGCAGAGUUCUAUCGCUCCAAGGCCCAGACAUCGGCUCAGAAGUCGUCUCCCUCCAGCUUCUCUCCUCUUUCAUCUCUCCAGCCUCUUCAGAAGCAGAGACCUCUUGGCAAACAGCUCCUAGCCUCGCAGUCCGAGGUUGACCUUCUCCUGGACGCCCUGAGGCAGUAUCUCUCUGGACGUCUGUCCCUGCAUGGUGGGGCGGUGAGCCCCGAGGAGCACGAGGCCCCCUCGUCACGCCUGAGGCCCUUCUACGGCGACGGCAUUGAAAAUCCCGCCCUGAAAAAAGAGUCCUCGAAACCCAGGCUUCUGAAGAUGGGAAGAACUCAAGGGGCUUCAGUGAAGGACCCGCUCACGUCUGUGGACGAGAGGUUCAUUGAGAACGUUUUGAAGAACGUUGGCAGGCAGCAUGUGGACGUGGACAACCUGACCCCCCAGGACCUGGAUCAGCUGUCUAGCCUGAUAGCUGACGCUCUGCAGGUGGUCGACCAGGACCAAGGAAUAAACAGGGGCCUGACUCGGGUUAGAACUGGACCAAGAGACCUGGAGGGAGAGCUGAAGAACGGGGAGGAGGAGGAAGAGGAGGAUGCUGCCAGAAAUGAGGAAGAGGAAAAGUUGUUGGAGAAUGCUCCAACGCUGAAACCACAGGGGAGCACUCCCAUCGUGCCGGCAGCACUUCAAGAGCGCCACACAAAUACCGGAGAGCAAAAUGUGAAGGACACGGCUGAGAGUGGAAACCUCCUCACCAAACUUCUUGCCUACCUGGACAAAACUCCCUUCAACGGCUCUCCUUCGGCAAGAAACCUGAACGACGUCGCCAUGGAGACAGCCAGAGGCCGGCAGGUGGGGCUGGAGAACGUCCAGAGUCGGACCAGCGAGGUGGGAGUGACGGUGCAGAAGAAGGACGCCACCCAGUCUGUGGAGGAGGUGUCGGAGGUGGAGGGCUGGAUCAAGGAGGUGCCCCCCCCUCCCGCUUCACUUGUGUACGAGGAACCGCACAAGAAGACGAUGCACAUUCCCGAACUUCAACUCGACGUCAAGGACGGCAGGAAAAAGGCUGACGACGAUGUCUUCGGCUACGUCAUCACUGACACAGAUGGGCUCCAGACCGACGAGGGCCUCCACCUGAUGGAGCUCCUGGCUCGCAGGGCCAAAAUCCAGAUGACUGACUUCGCUGAGCUCUCGGUGGUGGGCCCCGCUGUGACCUUCAAAGUGAGCCCGAACACUCAGAACGUCACCACCGCAGAUGUGGCCAACGUGGCUGUUCAGCAGAAAGUGGCUUUGGAGAAGGAGGCCAAGCUCAGCAUCCUGGAGGCCGGAGUUGCUGAUGGAAGCCAGAUCAACCAGAUCCCCACCAAGUACAGCCAGACGGAGUCCACCAAGUUCCUCAUCCUCACUGUCGUGUCCAUCCUGUGCAUCGUCGGCGUGCUGCUGGCCUCCACCGUGGUCUACUGCCUCCGCCACCGCUCCCACCACAAGCUCAAGGAGAAGCUCACCAACCUGGGAACAGAUGCUAGCAGCGAUGCUACUGCCACCUAUCAGGAACUCUGUCGGCAGCGUAUGGCGGUCAAACCUCCGGCUGAGCGUCCAGAGCCCAUUUCCUCCAGGAUCAACAGCGUGUCGUCUCAGUUCAGCGACGGCGGUCAGGCCGUCAGCCCCUCAGCACGGAGCAGCAUCUCCUCCUGGAGCGAGGAGCCCGCCCACUCCAACAUGGACAUCUCUACUGGUCACAUGAUACUGUCCUACAUGGAAGAUCACCUGAAGAACAAGGACCGCCUGGAGAAGGAGUGGGAGGCGCUGUGUGCUUAUCAGGCAGAGCCCAACGCCUGCACCGUCGGCCUAAAGGAUGGCAACGCCAAGAAGAACCGCUCCACAGCUAUAGUGGCAUAUGAUCACUCCAGAAUUACCUUGAAGGUGGAGAACAGCCAAGGCAACUCUGACUACAUCAAUGCCAGCCCCAUCAUGGAUCACGAUCCCAGGAACCCAGCCUACAUCGCCACCCAAGGCCCUCUGCCCUCCACGGUGGCUGAUUUCUGGCAGAUGGUUUGGGAGAACGGCUGCGUGGUCAUUGUCAUGUUGACGCCUCUCGUCGAGAGCGGUGUGAAGCAGUGCUACCAUUACUGGCCUGAUGAGGGAUCCAACCUGUACCACAUCUACGAGGUCAACCUGGUGUCCGAACACAUCUGGUGUGAUGACUUCCUGGUUCGUAGCUUCUACCUGAAGAACAUGCAAACCAACGAGACGCGGACCGUCACUCAGUUCCAUUUUCUGACCUGGCUCAACCAGAACGUCCCCGAAACCAGCCGGACGCUGCUCGACUUCCGCAGGAAAGUUAACAAGUGCUACCGGGGACGCUCGUGUCCUAUCAUAGUCCACUGCAGUGAUGGUGCAGGGAGAAGUGGGACCUACAUCCUGAUCGACAUGGUCCUCAACAAGAUGGCUAAAGGUGCCAAGGAGAUUGAUAUUGCAGCGACUCUGGAGCACCUGCGGGACCAGAGGCCCGGAAUGGUUCAGACCAAGGAUCAGUUUGAGUUUGCGCUGACUGCUGUGGCGGAGGAGGUGAACGCCAUACUGAAAGCUCUUCCACAGUAGGAAGGAGCGCCUCCUUCUGACAGAUGUCCUCCAGCUCUCUUCUGCUCCUCUUCUUUUUCUUGUCCUCUCUCUGACCUGACUGGAGGAUGGUCCCCGUUAUUGCUUCCUUUUGUUUCCUCCUCCAUUUGUUUGCCUUUCCUCAUCUCCUCCUCUCUCCUCUCAUACUUCUAUUAUUUUAGUCUCAUCCUGUCCCCCCGUUGUCCUUUCUUACCCUCUGUCCUCCAUUUGUUCCUGCAGUCAUACUCUCUCUUCUAACUAAGCGCUUCAUGUCCCGGGCUCCUCUUGUCCCAUCUCAUCACUGUCUUGUGACUGUCACUGUCUCUUUCGUUUCGUCUCCUCCUCUCCCUUUGUCCAUUCGUUCUUUCCUGUUGUCUUCUCCUUUCCUCAUUUUAUCUCUGCCUUUUUCCCUCUUGUCUCCUUCUUUGUUCAAACCUCCUUUCACUUCUUCUCAUGUCCUUCUCUCUUCCCAUCUUAGUAAACAUUGUGCCAGGAAAGCGUUGAAUCAGUCCUGUACAUAGAUAGACCUUCCUUCUAUUGUACUGAUCCAUGCAGUCUGUUUUUUCCAAAGUGGUAUUUCACUGCUUUUAAACACAUUUUCAUAGAUUGAUAAAGAUGUUUCUCUAUGUUCUGUUGAGAGUAUAUUUAUUCUAGUUUCCGUUUCUAGAUGAACAUUGACCCAACGGGCGUCAGUUGGGUAGAGCGAGGUUUGGCAGUCAUCGUCACGAUCUACUCGGCUCUGAGAUUAUUUGUCGGGAUCGAAAUCAGUCCAGUAAAAAUGAAAUAAAUCAGUUUAUGUCGAUGUCUGAUUCUGUAGAGGUGUUUGUCACAGCUGAGCGACUUACUGAACUGACGCCUCUGAUUGGUCUCGGUUUUGAGUGGAUGAUGUUGAUCAUCGCAGAAUUGUGUUUGUGUCUGAUUUUUA